AUGGACGAGGCUGUUCUGAUGCCGGACGAUGUCCUCGAUCCGCCGCCUCCGCCUCCGCCGCCGCCGCGGUUGUUUGAGCGCUUGCGCCAGAUCGCCGGAUACACGUGGGAUGAGUCGAAACAGCCUUUCCAUUCGACAUACGACUUUUGGCACGUGUUCGGAACGCGACAUGUCUCCGCGACCUCGCCGCCGCCGAGUGUCCAACAUAACGAGUCGAGUCCCGGGUCGGUGAGCAAGAUGCCCACCGGCCGUCGGUCGCAAUCCGACCACGGUCACCCCGUUCCCUCCGAGAGGAGUCAGAGCACAGAAACGCCCAGGACACCGCAACCUCACCCGCCACCGACACCGACCCUCUCCGUCCCGUCCAACGAAGCGUCCCACAUCGAGGAACCCGUCGUCGCACGAAUCUCGUUUCACGCCCUGCGGGAGGAACGAGCUUUCCAAAUAGCCAGAAGCGUCACCGCAACGGCAGAUCCCCUUGGCGACCAUAUCGUCAAACCCCUCGACCUAAUCCGACUGAACCCCUCUGCGGGUGAUCGCGGCGUUAUCGUUGUAGCCAUAUAUGCGCAUCCCGGCCGCAACUAUCUGUUUCGCGUCCUUGAUAUGGGCCCGGCGUCCUAUAUCGCGGAGAAGCACGGCGAUGCAUAUGUCUCGAGCCCGGCCAAGACGCCGCGUGCUCUCGAGCCGCCCAUAAACCUGGACGAUUUCCUCGACUUCGCCAUCGGCGCCACGCAGUGCUUGGAAAUCCUUCAUCACGGCCAGGGCAUGAUUCAUGGCGAGAUUCGAGGCGAUGCCUUCCACUACAACAUCGAGGAGAACAAGGUUCGCAUCGUGUCCUUCGGCUCAGGAAUUAGGUCGUUCGAGCAUGGGUUGACCAGCACCGGCUGGUCGAGCUUGUCGAAGGAACUCGGCGCGAAGAACAAGCUCCUUUACAUUAGUCCCGAGCAGACCGGCCGCAUGCCGGCAGAGCCGGACACGCGGACCGACAUUUACUCAUUAGGCGUCUUGCUAUGGACCCUGUUAACGCAGAAGCCCGUAUAUACUGGAGAUUCGCCGCUCGAUAUCGUCCAAGGCGUACUGGGCCGGAGGAUACCAAACGUCGCCUCGGUGCGCAUGGACAUUCCCGAUGUCAUCGGCCGCAUCAUUCAAAAGUGCACGGCCAAGAACAUUGCGGAUCGCUACCACUCCGCAAGCGGUCUCAGACACGACCUGGUCAUGGUCCAGGAUCUGCUCGGCGACGGAGACCUGUCCGCCCUCAAGGAUAUGAAGAUUGGGACAAAGGACGUCUCUUCAUUUUUCAUGCUCCCGGGCGCCAUGAUUGGGCGAGUCGACGAACGAAAUGAGCUGCUCAAGGUGAUAGACCGGGUCGCUCGAUCGCAUGCCAUGAGCAGCAAGGCCACCGGAAGCCGCUUCUCUGAUGGAUCUAGCCUUACCAACGAAGUCAUCAUCGGCGACGACAUGUCCAGCGAGGGUGCCAGCUCUCUUGAUGGCACAAACCGCCGAAGCGGCUCCUUCACCCAAACAACCUCAUCCGACCCCAAGCAGGCGAGAAGCAGCUUCCAGCCAUCCUUUCUCUCUGACACCCAGACCCUUUCCAACGAGACCAUCUCUUCCUCUCAGUCCGGCAACCAUGGACGCCCAGCGCGGCCGUGGGAGCGUCAUCAGUCCAUGUCGAUAGAUGCCAGCAGCGCCAUCGAGAGUCUGGGCCUAGAAGCCGGCCGUUCCGGAAUCACCGACUCAUCGGCAUCCAGCCUGUCCCGACAGCUGGGCAACGCCAAGUUCCGGAGGCGGGGGCACUGCGAAGUCGUGACCAUUCAAGGCGCUGGAGGUCUCGGGAAAAGCUUCUUGGUACAAAGCGUGCUUCCGGAAGCUCGGCGGCGUGGAUACUGCGCCACAGCAAAGUUCGACACGUCGAGGCGGACAGCAUUCGGGCCCUUGCUUAAGCUGCUGUCAUCCCUAUUCAAGCAGGUUUGGGGCGAGCGGAAUACGGAGACGCCGUUCCAUCAAGGCCUAAAGCAAUACGUACGCCCAGUCUGGCCGAUGCUUCACCGGGCGCUUGGUCUCCCAGAGUUCCUUCUCGGCCCGCCCGAGGUUGGCCCUGGUCGGUCAGUCUCCUCGAUGCAUGGCUCCAUCAGUGGCUCCAUGGGUUCUGUACCGCGAAGUAACGGCAAAGUCGGGAUCAGGCGGCGGGGAUCGUCCCCUGGAAGCUCCCCGCGGCCACUAUCUCACAGCUCUAGUAUCGGUACACAGAGCUCGCAGGACUAUCUCUGCGCAGGGACGUCGACCAAGACGACGCGACUCAUGAACGUGUGCCUGGAUAUUCUCCGCGUCUUCACAACACACAAGUUUAUCUGCUUCUGCUUAGACGAUAUUCACUUCGCCGACGACGAGUCUCUGGAACUCAUCACUCAGAUUAUCGGCGCCAAGAUGAAGAUGAUCAUCAUCAUGACAUAUCGCCCCGAAGAACUGUCAGCGGAGAGGAUGGAGAGCAUCAUUUGUCCUCCCGAACUUGACGGUGCGCACGACCUCAACCGGCUGUCGAGCAGCCACGUUAACCGAGGGGCAGAAACCCCGCGCAACAAACGGCCAGCUGUCACGAGGAUAACCCUGUCUCCAAUGACAGAGGACGACAUUCUCGAGUAUGUGUCGACUACGUUGUCACGGCCCAAAGAGGAGAUCCUAUCAUUGGCACUCGUCAUUCAGUCCAAGACGGCCGGCAACCCUUUCUACAUGCGCGAAAUGUUGAGCGCCUGCCAUCGCAAGAAGUGCAUCUGGUACGACUACCGAGACAGCCAAUGGCACUUUGAUUUGGAUCGACUGUUCGCGCAGUUCCAAGGCGAGAAGGACUACGAUGUCCUCGACACGGGUUUCAUCACACAACGGCUGGGCGAACUGCCGGCCGCGGCUCGGGCUGUCCUGGCCUGGGCUGCGCUUCUCGGCAACUCAUUCUCUUUCGAGCUGAUCAGCCGAUUGAUGCAGGGAGAGUUCGAGUUCGACGACGGCGGUCCAAUGGUAUGUGCGCCAGAACAUGCGCAACGCACUUACACCGAAGGCGAGGCGAUUGCCGGACUCCAGGCUGCCAUUCAAGCAUACAUCAUUGUUCCGAGCGAGACAGAGGAUCGCUUCCGCUUCGCACACGACCGAUACAUUCACGCAUCAUCUGCCCUGAGAGAGUGCAAUACCCGGCGAAUGCACUUCAUCAUCUCCCAAACCCUGCUCAAGUAUUACGCGGUCGAGGCCCGGCAAAAAGACAGUACCGCCUCGCACAUCUGCACAGCCUUAGAUCUCAUCAAGCGCCGCGUGUUGGCACGUCAGGGCUACCGGAAGCUCCUGCUGGACUGCGCGCAGGCGGCGACAGAGAACGGCGCUCGGCCGACUGCUUCCAAGUACUACAGCGCGGCUAUAUCUCUGCUGCAAGAGGCGCCGUGGGAGGACGAAGCCGACGAUGUUUCAUAUGACGAGACGAUGCAGCUUCACCUCCGCGCCGCCGAGUGCCACCUGUUCAUGGGUCAACUUUCCGCCGCCAAUGACCUGCUGUCGGUAGUCUUUGCAAACGCCAAGACGCCAGUUGACAAGGCCCCGGCGUAUGUCCUGCAGUCGAGGAUAUUUGCGCAGAAUGGGAACGCAUUGGCGGCCUUCAUCUCGCUCAAGGAGUGCCUCUCCGCCCUUGACGUCCCGCUCGACGACCAGCCGACGUAUGAAAAGUGCGAUGAGCGCUUCAAGAAGCUCGCCAAGCAGAUAAAGGCGAGCACCCGCGAGGAGCUCUUGCAGCCAAAGAAGACGGGCGAUCCCAUCAUAGCUUCCAUCGGGGCGGUUCUGGCCGAGACGACUGCUGCCGCUUGGUGGAGCGACUGCCUGCAUUUCUACCACCUCACCCUCGUCAUGUUGGAGAUGCACCUCUCGAGGGGCGCGUUCCCACAGUCCGGCAUGGCAUUCCUACACCUUGGCGUCGUGGCCUUGACCAGGUUCGGCCAGGCACAGUUUGCCGUUGAUCUUGGGUCCAUAUGCCAAGACCUGCUAUACCAAGCGAGAGAUGCCUUCUCCAUGGCACGAGGUCAGAUGUUACACGCCUGUUUCCUCGGCCACAUCCACUACUCCAUGUCUCUAUCCAUUUCUCAGAUGGAAGAUGCCAUUGAACUAGCAUCUGUGGGAGGUGAUCGCAUGUCUACCAUUCUCAGCUACGGCCUCUGCGCUCAGGCCAAGCUAUUUGCGAGCGACAACUGUGCAGACCUUGAAGGGUUUUGCCAGUACGGCUGCGAGGAUAUCCCGAAUUGGUCGUACGACACGCGCGGAGGCGCUUUGCUAAUUGGCAUUCGUCAGCUGUGCCGAGCGUUGCAGGGCAAGACCUCCAUACACGAUGCGGUUGGAGUCAUGAGCGAUGAACAGCACGAUGGCAUCCUGUACAAGAACUGGCUUAUGAGCCAGACCCAGGAGAGCAACCGGUCGUCGUUGUUCUACGAAAGCCUGGAGCUUGUUGCUCUCUUCCUCUUCGGCCAUUAUGAGCGGGCCGUUGCGAUCGGCAAGGCCUGCACGGAAAAGCUCGCGAUGCUCUGGUCAGCACGCAACAGCAGGCUGAUUUUGCUUUUCUACGGGCUUGCCCGCUCCGGCAAUCUGCUGAGGAACUUGAAUGAUCCUCGGUCGUUGGCGGAGGACUUCACUACGGAGACCAAGGACACGAUCGAGGAAUUACGUCGUUUCGUUGGCAUGAUGGAGGAUUGGUCGGUCGUCUCAGACGUCAACUAUCGAUGCUGGUCUCGACUCCUCGACGCCCAAAUUGCAGAGCUAUCCACCGAUCACGGACAAGCAGUCCAGCAUUACGAAGAAGCUCUGGACCACGCCGCCGAGCACGACUUUAUUUUUGAGGAGGCGCUCGGUAACUACCUUAUGGCAGGCUUCUUCGUCAGGCGAAAGGCGAGGAGGUCCGCUCGAGCUGCGCUGCAGGAGGCCAUCGGCCUGUACAGGCAGAUCGCGGCCACCGGCGUGGCCAAGACCAUUGAGGAUGAACAUAGCCUCCUCCUUCACGGCCCAACGAGGAAUCAUCGAUCCAACGAGGUCGGUGUUCAGACGGACUUUGUCGCGGAUGCGCCUUCUGUGCGGUACCGCACCGUUGAGGGAGAAGACGGCGAGGAGCUGACGCAGAUCCCGUCAAAUGUUAUGUCGGAUCUCCGGGGCGAUCGUAUCGGCGCGUGGAGAGGAUCCAUGCAUGUCCCAACGGAGGACGGCGUCGGCCUUCCUGCACUGGACAUGAUUGACCUGCACGCCAUUCUCGUGUCGUCACAAGUCAUCUCGUCCGUCUUGCAGGUAGACGAGCUGCUCAAGACCAUGUGCGACGUGGUCCUGCAGACGUGUGGUAGCUCCGCGACCCGGGCAGCCAUCGUCGUCCAGGAGACUUCUGAUGCGCACGCGUGGUACGUUGCUGCGAGCGGUGAUCCCGAGCGCGGAGCGUCGGCGCACAACCCAGGGCUACCGCUGUGUGGCACGUCCCUGAUCGCGGAGAAUGUUGUGCUCUACUGCUCCCGCUUCUUAGAAUCAGUCUUCAUUCCCGACCUCAUUGCCGACGAGCGAUUCGGAAAUGUCAGCGAGUCGUGGCUGCAGCGAAACCCCUUGGGCAAGGCCAUCAUCGCCCUGCCCAUCUGCCACGGCACGAAGCCGCUCCUCGGCGUUCUGUACCUCGAAGGCGAGCCCGGCUCGUUCACCGACCGCAACGUCACCGUUCUGCAACUGCUGGUGAACCAAAUCGGCAUCAGUUACUCCAAUGCCCUGUCAAUGAAGAACGUGGAGAAGAUAUCUGCUGAGAAUCGCUCCAUGGUGUCGGUCCAGAAGCGAGCUCUUGCCAAGGCACUCGAGGCGGAAACCAAGGCGAAGAACGCCGAAGCGGAAGCGAAGCGCAACGUCAAGCUUGCCGAGGAGGCGGCCAAAGCCAAGUCAAUAUUCCUUGCCAACGUUUCCCACGAGUUGCGGACCCCCCUGAACGGCGUCAUUGGCAACUCGGAACUGCUCCGCGACAGCAACCUGAACCGGGAGCAGCUCGAGAUGGCCGACUCCAUCCGGGUGUCAGCUGAUCUGCUGCUCACCGUCAUCAACGAUAUCCUGGACUUCUCGAAGAUGGAGGCCGACAAGAUGAAGCUAUAUAUCAUCGCUUUCAACCCGGAGGAAAUGGUGCGCGAGGUGGUCCGAGCAGUCUCGUACAGCAAUCGGGAGAAGACGUCCAAGAAGAACGUCAAGAUCAUCCAAGACAUCAACCUCCCGCCGAUGCUCAUUUACGGAGAUCCAAUCCGCCUCCACCAGGUUCUCGGGAACUUGAUCGGCAACAGCCUCAAGUUCACCGAGGACGGUGCCAUCACAAUCGGCGCGCGUCUUGAUUCGGACACCAAGGAAAAGGCCACCCUGACGUUCUGGGUCCGCGACACCGGCAUCGGCAUUCCGCCGCAGCAGCUGGCCAAGCUCUUCCAGCCCUUCAGCCAAGCCGACGCGAGCACAGCGCGCAAGUAUGGCGGGAGUGGCCUGGGCUUGAGCAUCUGCAAGAGCCUCAUCGAAAUCAUGAUGCAGGGCAAGAUCCAGCUGGAGAGCGAGGAAACUGUUGGCACCACUGCCUGGUUCACCGUCACGUUCGACAAGGCCAAGUCCGAUGUCUCGGCUGGCGACGCACAAUCCAAGGGCUCGCCGCCCAUUGACCGUUACUCGGCAGCGGUGACGCCCGCCGAGCGAGCGUCGUCACCGAACCCAUACAUCGAUUUGACGAAAAUCUCCAAGGAAGACGUGCGCAUCUGCGUCGCGGAAGACAACCCAAUCAACCAGAAGAUUGCCAUCCAGUAUGUCCAGCGGCUGGGUUACACCAGCGUGAGUGCCUACGAGAACGGUCUCAAGGCCGUCGAAGGGCUCCGCCAAAAGGCCAGAGAGGGCAAGCCGUACCACAUCGUCCUCAUGGACGUCCAGAUGCCCGUCCUGGACGGGUACGAGGCGACCAAGCUUCUUCGCAAGGACUCGCUCGAGGCGGUUCGAAAGGUGCUCGUCAUCGCCAUGACGGCGUCGGCCAUCCAGGGCGACCGGGAGAAGUGCCUUGCCGCCGGCAUGAAUGACUACCUGGCCAAGCCCGUCCGCUCCGAAGUGCUCAAGAAGAAACUGGAUGCAUACGUCAGCAGCGCGAAAUCGAACUUUGGGUUCAGCCACCAGCCUCCGAGCCCAUUGGAGAUGCCCAAGCCGCAGGCCAACGGAGCACGGAGCAUCACACGGUCAAACAUGCCCGGCCGCGAACCCAGGGUCCCCGGAAUCACCAUCUCCGACCCCAUGAAGGACGGCGCCGUGUACAACAUGCCGCUCGACUCGGCGGGUUUCAACGCCAACGACAGCCCCGUCUACGGCAGGAACCACGAUCAGGACGACCAGUCCUUCUUCCCGCACGUCGAGGACCUCCAGCGGACCAACUCGUCGGCCACGGGCCAGACCUCCCCGCCGCUGCCGCCGUCGUCCCAAGACGGUACCGAGAAGAGACUGCCGCGCAAGCUGACCAAGAGCCGUGGCAACAGCGAGACCCGGCCCCCCGGCGCGGGGGAACAACAGGUGCUCGCGGAACGGCCCAAGGGGGUCUUGACCAAGAAGCCGCCGAACCAGCUGCAGAGUUCCGUGGAAGACGGGACAACUGACGGCAGGCCCUCGCCGCCGCAAUGA